AUGCCGUCGCGUAGAAGAGCUCUUCUCAAGGUCAUCAUCCUCGGCGAUAGUGGGGUGGGGAAGACCUCACUGAUGAACCAAUAUGUGAAUAAGAAGUUUAGCAAUCAAUACAAGGCUACAAUUGGGGCUGAUUUCCUGACAAAGGAAGUGCAGUUUGAGGACCGCCUCUUCACUUUACAGAUAUGGGACACUGCUGGUCAAGAAAGAUUUCAAAGCCUUGGGGUUGCCUUUUACCGGGGUGCUGAUUGCUGUGUGCUUGUUUAUGAUGUCAAUGUGAUGAAAUCAUUCGACAAUCUAAACAAUUGGAGAGAAGAAUUCUUGAUUCAGGCAAGCCCAUCAGAUCCAGAAAACUUCCCAUUUGUUGUGAUUGGUAACAAGACUGAUGUUGAUGGUGGAAACAGUAGAGUGGUAUCUGAGAAAAAAGCUCGGGCAUGGUGUGCCUCAAAAGGGAAUAUUCCCUAUUUCGAGACUUCUGCAAAAGAAGGCACAAAUGUUGAAGAGGCUUUCCAGGUCAUUGCUAAGAAUGCUCUCAAAAGUGGAGAAGAAGAAGAAAUAUACUUGCCGGACACAAUCGAUGUUGCAAGCAGCAGUCAACAAAGGUCAACCGGUUGCGAAUGUUGA